UCACAUCCAAGAUGGCGUCCCCUAGUCUGGAAUACUUCAAUAGUGUGUUCCAAUAUGUACCGCAGGGACACGAAAAGGCAUUAAAGCAAGCCUUUUAUAACACAGCGGCCAAUAUAUUCAUCCUUUUCGCAGGUGCAGCUCUAAUCGCUGUCUAUUUCAUCCUUAAUCCGUUUCUUCGACCAUUAUGCUGGGCAGUUUUGUGCGGGACGUUUUUGUAUCCUUUCAAGAGGUCGCUAACAAAUGUGCUAAAGAAAUGGUUAAAUGGCCUGAGGACUUCCGAUACUCCCUUCGCAGUAGGACUAGUAAUUUUACCAGUACAGGUUGUGAACAACAGCACCAACACGCUGCUGAAUAUGAUACGGAACAAUUACUACGUAGUUGGGGGCUUCCUGCUGGGCAUGCCAGUCCUUCAGUUUAUGUAUUAUUAUGGAGUUGCCCAGAAGAUAUUCUACUUCUGUCUGGGACUCCUCAACUUCUGCCAUGACAUCACAGCGUGGUUCAGCUCUAUGUGGCUGUGGACCAUCUUUAUCGGCUACAUCAUAGCAGUGAUCUUCCUCUGGACGGAGGAAUCCAGGAAGACGUUUCACUACAUCUCUAUCACAGUGUGGGUCACACUCAUCCUCCACAUCGCCACGGUAGCAGGCCCUCUUCGUCUCCUUCUGUUGGCUGCCCUUGUUGUUGUCAUGGUGAUUGGAUUUGUUUCUGAAGCCAGUAAGGAAUCUACAGAACCUGAAGCAAAAGAAAAGCCAGAAGAACAGCCAAGCAGCACAACUGGAAAUGAACCAUGGAAGUCCAUAUUUGACAAAGAUUCAGCUGGCCAAGACGUGAAAGGUUCACAACCUCCGGUAUCGACUCAGAAACCUCAGUCUUUGUCCCUUUCAAGUGGAAGCAAGCCAACGACCUCUACCCCGACCAAAGCUGUGAAACAACAGGACACCCCUGUAGAAGAAGGAGCCCAGUCACUGAGCAACCAGUGCUUCGUGGCUCUCUUCUGGGCGCACGUGCUCGUCAGACUUUGGAUCCAUGUAUGGGGCAUGAUCCUGAUUCUCUUUCUGCCUCUGCUGCUGUUGAUCAUCAGAGGAUUAGCUGCCCAGUUUAGCAGUGGUGGGUUCCUUCAUACGAGAAUGGAAAAUGUCAAGAAAUCUCUGAAAGACUGGUACACCAAACGAGAGGACGCCAUCGCACCUCGCUCCAUUAGUGGCCUUGCUAAGAUUGCACUGAAGGGAGACAAGAAGGUGAUCGAUGCUCUCGAGGUGUCGACAGACAAGGCCACCAGUAUUCUGCUGAUUCUUAUUCUCCUGAUUGGAUCAACUCUCUUUAUCAUCAUCGGGGCUAUUCAGAUUCACCAGGAGAGUAUCCAUAUGGUUACAGUUACUGGCAACCUGUUCAACGAGAAGGUCAACCCUGAGAUCAGCCAAUGGCUGCCAAACAGCACUGACAUGGAGAAGGCUAUGGACUCCAUGGCUGAGAAUGCCUACAUCUACGGCCGGGACUACAUCGCCUCCAUGGUUCAUAGCCUGGUUGAUACUGAAGGACAGAACAACACAGAGUUGGAGGUCCGCGUCCUGGAAGUGUGGGAUCAGCUCUACCAAGGCUGGUUUGCCAAGAACACCACCCAAGUGGCACGGCCUAGUUCCCCCGGGUUUCCGGACGUCACCAACAUGACUGCCAUGUGGGAAAUGGUAUCCCAGGGCAACGGAUUGUUCAACGUGGGCAGUCUUGUGUCUUUCGCGCAGGAUAAUGUUGGCACUUUUAUGUCUGUCUUCGAAUCUCUCUGGCUGGUGAUCAAGUCCAACAUGGACCUUAUGAUGAGCAUCGUCACCGCCAUCUUGUCCAUGGUUCUUGGAGGAGGAACAGCCAUCUUGAAUUUCAUCAUCUCAGCUAUCUUGUUUCUGACGACCCUGUUCUACCUGCUGGCGUCGAGCGGUAACCAGUACAAACCCCUGGAGUGGUUCUCCAGCAUGAGCCCCGCAGGAUCCCAGGCAGGGGGCAGCAAGAUGGGCGGGGCUGUAGAGGAAGCAAUCAGUGGAGUGUUCAUGGCUUCACUGAAGAUGGCUUCCUUCUAUGGCUUGUUCACCUGGCUCACACACCUGGUAUUUGGAGUUAACAUCGUCUUCAUACCGUCAGCUCUGGCAGCCAUCUUUGGUGCCAUCCCAUUUGUCGGCACCUACUGGGCUGCCUUCCCUGCGAUGCUGGAGCUGUGGCUGGGUCAAGGUCAAGGUCUCUUGGCGAUCUUACUCUUCAUCGUGCACAUGCUGCCAGCCUAUGUUGUAGACACCGCCAUCUAUAGUGAGAUCAAGGGCGGCCACCCGUUCAUGACCGGCUUGGCCAUCGCUGGAGGAAUGUACUGCCUGGGUCUAGAGGGCGCCAUUAUCGGCCCCAUUGUGCUGUGCUUCCUGGUCGUCAUCGUCAACAUCUACGGCACCAUGAUGCAGCCUGACCCCACCACUCCACAGGGCGGACCACGAGUAGCAUUUCGCCACCCAAUGAUUCAAAGCAGGAAUGCUUCCCAGUGGAAUGUUAAACGGUCGGUCAGUUCGGACACAGUGAAGCUCUCCUGAGGUCAAGGUCAUGUAGGACGUUAAUGGAGGAAGAAUCUUCGGGUCAAGCAACUGACUUGAAAUGCAUGUUGUGACCUUGUCGUGGUAAUAAUACACCUGUAGAAAUCCGGUGGUGCACUGCAGACUGUUUGAAUAACUUUUGUUAUGACAUUUUGAUUACCUCAAGCAUGACGCAGCUGCCUCCAGCACUGGAUGGAAUACUUGUCAGAUGACGUUUAUAUCUGUUUACUAUUUUGGGCAUAAUUGAUACUUUUUACUAUUAGUAUGAAUGGCGUUAAACAUGAUAAAUGGGUUGUGUAUUGUUUCAGAUUUGCAUUUGAUAUUUUGUGUAUGUAUGUUCCGAAUACUUAAUAUUGGUUAAGUCUUUACUUUUUGAUUUAUUCCUCUGUGUUUUUUUUGGGAAGUGUUUAAUAACUUUUGAGUAUUACGACUUGGAAUUUGCUGUUAAACAUAGAUAUAGAGGUACCGUAUAUCACUGUUGAUAAAACCAAACAACAGUAUAAUUUACAUACAGAAAUCUAUAGUGCAAACAAGGAAUUUGUAUACGAUGGAAGUUUUUAUAGCAAAUUAGUUCUUGGAACAGUUAUUCGAAUGAAAUGCAAAUAUUUAAUAUGAAACAAUAUCAAGGUGGCUAUCAGACUCCAAUUGACAUCACCAGUGGAUGUCCCCAAUGGAAUCUGAAAGUGAUGCAGCCAGGAAAACUGUGAGAUCAUCUACCCUGUUCUUAAGGCAGCCCUGGGGCCAUGGGGUAGCCUAGUGGUUAAAGCGUUG